UCAGUGUGGUCAGAACUGCACAGAGCACUGCAAAGCACCACAGCUUGGAAGCGUGAGCUUCUUUUUUUUUCUUCUCUCCAAAAAGUUUUCAGGAAGUCUGGGGGAGGGGCAAUACCGUUUCUUUUUUGUUAUAAUGGGCCCCUUUGUGGAGAUGGGAGAGGAAAGAGCUGCGUGCCUGCGUUGUGCAGGCUUUGCCGUGAUUCCCAGGGCAGCUUCUCUGUGCUCCUAACAGGCACUGGGCCUGCGUUUGGGGAGAGUGGAGAGGGACUGGGCCAGGAUGGAGCUGAUGGUUCUGCUCAACGCUCUUGUUACUCGCCUGCUGUUCGUGUUGCACUCCCUCAUCGGGGUCUGGAGAGUGACUGAAGUGAAGAAAGAACCCAAGUACUGGCUGCUGGCACUGCUCAAUCUUCUGCUUUGCCUGGAGACAGGGCUCACGCUCAAGUUUAAGCAAGGCAGAGGCUACAAAUGGUUUUCUCCAGCAAUCUUUUUGUAUCUGAUUUGCAUAGUACCAUCAUUAUGGCUACUGGAAAUUCACCAUGGGACACAGUAUUGCAGUAAUGAGCCUGAAGCUGUUCAGUUGAAUGUCACCAAUCAAGAUACCAGUCAGUCUCCAGAGAUCAGUGAGGGAAGCGAGAGAAUAGAUCACCACAUCAUUCGGACGGCUAAAGUCUUUGUGGAUCAGCUCUCCACAAUCUGUGAGACUGUAUGGACCCUGGCUCUCCACCAGACCUUUCUACUACUUCUAGUAGUUGGGAGAUGGCUUCUCCCCAUUGGGGUUGAAAUCACCCGGGACCAGUUGUCCCAGCUGCUUCUCAUGUUUGUAGGAACAGCAGCAGAUAUACUUGAAUUUGCUAGUGAAACCCUGGACAUUGAGGAUGUGCGGAAGAAUUAUAUUCUCAUAAAUGCAAUUCUCGCAGUAUGGACCUGGAGUAUGUUACAGUUUCCACUUGAUCUUGCAGUACAGCAUAUUGGCUGCAAACCAACUGCAUCGAGCAGGCAGAUCCCUAGCCUGCUGCUGUGCAGGUAUAGCUCAGAGCUGUGGAACAUCGGGGUGAGCUUGUUCAUACAGGAUGGUCCCUUCUUCAUUGUGCGUUCAAUCCUGAUGGGCCAUUUUCGAAUAUUCAACCAGAUGCUGGUGUUUUUUACAGCUAAGAAUAUCUUAGUUGUGAUCCUACAACUGUAUCGCUUGGCAGUGAUAACGUUAGACUUUCGCACUACUAUUCUGCAAAAGAGCAGGAAGGGAGAAGUUGGCUGUUGCCCAUGUGAGCCUUACGAAGCCACUACUCAUGGUACCGCUGAGCAGGACGCCGAAAUGAAGGAGUGUGUUGCUUUGCCACUGAAAGAGGAACCCCAGGCUCCAUUGGAAGAGCAGUAAGCACCGUGAUUGACUCAAGACCAGUUUCAGCUGGUUCAGAAGGGCCUAUUUGUAUGGUGAAACUCACUUUGAGCACAACUCAUCUCUUCCACUAAGAGAUUAAUAAUUUCUCCUAAACUGUAGGGGAAACUUCUGAAGAAAAAAAAAUAUCACAGAAGUGGGACAUUUUGUAUCCCAUUGGAUUGUGUGGGUUUUUGGCCAGUUCCCUACUAUAUUAUUUGCAGGGAUUUUGUAGUCAUAGUUGGUAGUAGCAAGAAAGGUUUGGCACACUAACAAAGUUGAUUAUAACCUUUGGUGGCACUUUGCUAAUGUAUGUACUUGCCUGUAUUCAGAUAGAAGGAUAAGCCUAUCCCAAUGGAACAGAGGAAGCAUAGAAGCAUUUAGCCCUGCUUUAGUGUUUGGGCUACAGCUGAGAUGAACGUUAUGAUCACUGUGCAUAGCAGCAGCUUCAGCAGCAACAACUGCAGAUAUUCAAGGGAAUGGGCAUAACAAAUUCCUCCUGUUACCAUGACAUCUAAACACUGCUCAUUCAGAGAAGUUAGGAAAAGCUUCACUGAGUGUUAUCCCAUUUCUGGCUAGAUUUUCAGUAUAAAAACUACAAAACACCAUGAAAUGUCACAAAAAAAAGACUGUCUCUUAGGAUCUGCAUAGUCUGAAUAAUCUAAACUUUACAAAUAAAUAGACAUAUUAAAAACA